AUGCCCAAUAUGGUGGCUGUGCAGGGGGGUAGCAACUCCAAUGACCAUACUGAUGUGCUCCACACCAGCAGUGCACCACUGACUGAAGCUGACAGUCCACUCCAGCUACCCCUGACCAACCCACCUCCUGCUGAGAUGGAUAACAUCUUCCCUGAAGGAAUCAGUCUUGAAUCUGUGGAUGCUACAAUUGACAAUGACCUCAAUCUUAUUGAGCCAACCCUUACUCAGCUAUCAACAACCGAGACCUCAAACAUUGUCAGCACAGGAGAUGACAUGGACGGAAGCUUCCUUGAUUUUAACAAUACAUUCAACACUAUGCCAAAUGAUGGGGUGUUUGAUAAGCUGCCCCAAACUGGUGUUCUUAACUUGUAUGAUCAGCGAACUGACAAAAACAAGACCCCAAAUUCCAUUCCCAAUGCAUUUCGAAUAAAAAGCACAGAACCACCACAAUUCCUCACUGAAGAAGAGGCUAAGCAGUGGGCCAAGGACCGACAAAAGAAGGAUAAUCAUAACUUGAUUGAACGUCGUCGAAGGUUUAACAUAAAUGACAGAAUCAAAGAACUGGGAACUCUGCUUCCACGUUGCAAUGACCCAGAUACCAGACAAAACAAAGGUUCCAUCCUGAAGAAUUCUGUUGACUAUAUUCGCAAACUUAAGAAGGACCAGGAUAAAAUGCACAAUCUUGAAGACAAGAACAGACUGUCUGAAACAACCAACAGAAAGCUUCUUCUGAGAGUGCAGCAUUUGGAGAUGUUAUGCAAAACACAUGGCAUUUCAACUGGCCUUCCCGAUGAUUCUAGUUCUCUGGCCAUCUUCACAGAAGACAUGACCCCUUCUACUGUUAAACCUGAGCAGGACCUUCUUCUUGACCACAGCCAGCAUGGUUUUUCAUCAGUCAGCAGCAGUGCUAUGGAUGAUGACAACUUUUUUUCUACUUCUUCUUUCUUCUUUUUUUUUUUUCUUCCAUUUCUCUCUCUCUCUCUCUCUCUCUCUUUAAGUCUCACCUUUUUCUCACUGUCUCUCUUUCCACUCCCUCUAUUUUCUCUUGCCUCAACUAUCCUUCCCCAACAUCUGGACACCAUAGAGUGA